AUGGCUCAAGUUCUUGGCCUUGAUCCUGAGGCCUCUGUCACGUCGGGCAGUGGCGCUUCCUGUCCUCGCACAACAAUCCCCCCAGUUCUCACUUCUUCUGUAUCUGCAUCUACUGUCCCUAAAACAAAUCGGCAUUCGUAUCUGCAAAGGCCAGGCUCUCAAACCCAAGCCCAAGCACGUACCCGGCCAAGAGCAAAAUCUGCAUCAAAUUUGCUAGAUGGUCCCGAAAAGGACAAGGACUUGCGUUUUCACGACGACACCUUCAUCGAUCAGCAGCAGGAGGGGGACGGGGAACCGCAUGAUGGCCUUGCAGAGCUCAUUGACUUUUUGAGGAAUUACAGCCCUCCGUCAGGUAACUUUAUGUCUAUCCCUGAUGGAAUUCCCCCAGAGGACAGGGGGCGAUGGCACAGGCUUCGAAAGUUGGGCAAGAGGAGUAAAUCACUCUCCAAGUCGCCUCAGACCAUUCGGCUUCCAGACUCAGCUGUCUCAGGCACAACGAUAGGAGGACAUCGACAUAUUGCAAUUUCCAUUCCCUUGGACGCCUCGCCAUUUGGCCGAACUCCCAGGUCUCAGUAUCCCAUAUACCAGCACCGGAGUGUAAAGCCUCUCACUUCCCAGUAUGCUCCUACCAGAGCAGUCUUGAACGACAAAGGCGUCGUGACUGUGUUACGGACUGUCGCCGAGGACAGAGAAUCGUCGCCCUCGGUGAGCCCGGCAAAUUCUCAGCUUCUUUUAUCUACUAUCCCUCAAAGAUCUCCAAACUCAUCGAUCAAUGGACACUCUACUCCGGCCCCUAUUAAUAGCAGUAACCAAAGUACGGCACCGGAACAUCUGAACAUUUUGGCAACGCCUCCUCCGAGGGUAGUGACCCCAGACCAAGUCAGACAAGCAAAUGAGCUGGGCCGACGAUUUCAAAGCAAUGAACAGGGGGACACAAAUGCAGGAAGCCCAAACAAUCACGAUAGGAUCCCUUCACGGAAUCCCAGCUUGGCAGGGGGUCGCUUCGUACACCUCGGCGACCUGUCGAUCGAUACUAUGAUGUCUCAGUCAACCAAGACAGAAGCCCAUCAGGUUCCUACUUCACCUGCCCGCCCCGUAUCCCAGGACGGAUCUUACCAACCUUCACUUUCCAAAAGCAUAAUGACAACAAGCGAGAAUGAUCCUGUUGUUGCAGAGGCUAGGCCGGUCGAGGCAAGACCAGUAUCAGCCAGGGAAUCGCGCAUUCGAUUGACCACGAAGAAAACCGAGGAGCCUCCUGUUACUGUGAUUACCAAAAGCCCACUACGUGUCCAACGUCAAGGUUCUAGGAAACAAACAACAAAGGAGAUGUCAUCAACACCUGAAGCCAGAUUGUCACAGAGCCGCCGUGACAAGGUCAGGGACAAGAAAAAGAAGGAUAUGGAAGCUGCCUCUUUGAAACGGCGCAGUAUGAUAUCUAUUUCGAUGGACCUGCAGCCUGAUUCUGAGCAGGAGACUAUCAGAGAGGCGCCUCAAGAAAAGGUAGAAGAGCCACCACCAUUGCCACUCAGGUCUCCCCAGCGCCAAAGCAUGUGCCCCAUCAUGGUUGUCGCCAAUGUCAAGCCAUCACCUCCCCCAACAGCGGUUGGCCCAGCAUCCCCAAAGAGACAAACGACCACAAACCCAGAGGACUUGACAUUUGCUGUGAAGUUGAAGCGGAACGAGGCGCCUAAGCAAGAAGACGACACGUCCAGUCGAGCAAUUUCUCCAUCUCCACCCUCAUAUCAAAACGGGUCACCGACGCCUCCGCAAUCCGCUCACUCAUCACCAACUCAUAAACUGGACUCACAGGAUAGAACUUCCCUUUCGCGACGCCGGGAGUGGAGUGCUGCUCGAGAACAAGAACGUAAACGAAAAGAAGCUGCCUCGAACGCCAGUCCCCGACCCAGGGUGAGGAGGGCGGUUACUAUGAGAGAAGACACCGGGGACAAAGCGCCCACCGCGGAAAAGGAGGUUUUGCGAAGAUAUGAGGCAUACCGCGAGUACCGCAUCAGAGAGAUGGAACGCAGAAUCAGGAGAUUGGAGCGCAACGGAGAUGUCUGGCUUCGUGCCCUGGUGCCAGUAUUAGACAAUCUCAACCGCACGCUCGCUAAUUCUCAAGACGGGCACCCAAGCGGGGCGAAGGGGUGGAUAUCUGAUGAUGACCGUUCGAACUUCCAAGCAACCUCUAAAAUGAGACCAUCGAGCCGAGGACGCAUGAUGGCAAGGACCGGGACAUCAGAGCGGGAGUUUCUGGAGCAGCUUGUACGAACUAAAGAGGAGCUUGAGGCUGGAAGUGUCAGCGAUGACAUGAGCGGUUUUGAUACGAUAGAGCCUCUGAUGAGAGAACUGGCCGGUCGAUCUCGACUAAGCUUUGAAGCAAGAUCACUCGGAAUGGGUGAUGAGGGAUUACUGCAUUCUCUUUCCGAGUAG